AUGGAAAGCCAUUAUUAUGAAGAGGUUACCCUUUUUUUUUCCAUAAAAGAUUUAGAAGAAAUAUUAACCCUUUUUAACAAUGCUAGACAAAUAAGAAAAGAUACUCAUAAACUUUUUAGUUUUUGCAAUUCUUAUGAAUUAUUGUUCGACUCAAAUUGUUAUUCUGUAACUGAGAAAAAGACAGAAAAAAAGGAAGUUAAAAAAAUAUCUUCAUUAGAUUUGCUAGCCAAUGAAAAAAGUAAAACAUUUGAAGAAGAAAAUAUGAACAAGCAAGGUGAUAAAAAUGAAGAUGAAAAAGAAAAUAUGAACAAACAAGGUAAUAAAAAUGAAGAUGAAAAAGAAAAUAUAAUAUUUAAGUCACCUGGAUCGAAAAACAAUUUGUUUAAUGAAAAAAAUGCAUACGAUCAGCAUGAAAUAAUUAGCGAAGAAAUAUUUAAUUGUUUAUAUAAGAAUACAAAAAAUGCAAAAUUUACAAAAAAAUAUAAAUUAUUAAUUGAAAUAAUAAUUCAAGCUAUUAUAUAUGCAAAUAAAAUUAAUUUAGAUAUUUACAAACUGAAUUUGUUUAUAUCUAUUAUAAUUAUGGUUAUGUACAAAAUUAUGGAAAAUUUACACGAAAAUAUAAAAAGACAAAAAAAAAGAAAAGAAAUAACAAUAAGUUAUUUCAUAAAUUUAUUAGAAAAAAACACAAAUUAUGCUGAUCAUGUUCAGGCAAAUAAAGAUAAUCAAAAUAGUGAGCUAGAAAAUGAAGAUAAUUCAAAAGUGGAAAAAGUCGAACCAUCCGAUAAUAGCAACAUCAUGAAUGAUGAAAAACAUAAAAAAAAUGGAAAGAGGGAGAAAAAAGAAAAAAAAAAAGUAGAAAAAGAAAAAAAUAAUAUAGAAAGUAGUAAUAGUUUAAAAAAUAAAAAGGGAGCACAUGAUGAUAAUAUAAAAACACAAAUCCUUGAAGAUGAAAAACAUUCGAUUCAAAAUGACAUGAACAAAGAUAAUAAAAAUAUUGGUAACACCGAUUUUAUCUCAUCUGAUACUAUAAAUAUAAGAAAAAAUAUGAUUCUUUUUCAAUACAAUGAAUCUAAAUAUAUAAUAAAAUAUAUGUUUGAGGAAAUUUUCUCAAUAUAUAAUAUAUUAGAAUAUUUAUUUUUAUUUUCUCCCCUAUCUGUUAAUUUAUCUUUUUCUACUACAUUUGCAAGUAUAUCUGCACCACACACUUUUUCAACCUAUAAUGAAAUAAAGCAUGAAUCAGGCAAAGAACAGACAGAAGAAAAUAAAUUUGCUGCAAACUCAUACAUUAAGGAAACAUUUGAUGUCCCAUUAUUUGUGCUUGAUAAGUUUAAUGAUCAUGUUAAAGAAUUACAGCAUAAAAUUAAUCAAACAAUAAUUUGA